AUGAAUGUUGUUGCCGUGCUUUUGGCUUUGAUAGUGGGUGUUACAAAGUCAACUGAACGGGAACGAUGUGAAGUACAGGAAAUUUAUGGAAAGGAAAUGUCUGAAGGUUACUUGACAUCACCAAAUUAUCCGCUCACAUACCCGCCUAAUCAGGAUUGCCUUUUCAACAUUACUGCCUCAGCAGAUUUGGUCAUCCAUCUGACUUUCACCCAUUUUCAUCUGGAAGGUCACACACAACGCUCCAAUCAAUGCCUUAACGAUUAUCUAGUUGUAACGGUGGUAGAUCGUCAAGGGCGUGAACACGUUAGUGAGCGAUUUUGUGGCAGUCAGCUUCCGGAACCCUUGCAUACUAUGCAGAAUCAAAUCUAUAUCCGGUUCCAUUCAUCCUACACCGAUCAAUUCUCAGGUUUCCGCGUACGAUAUCAAUUCAUACCCGAAGAGUCCAUACUAGAACCAGCUAGUAGCUAUUUCGAUGACGACCUCAGAUACUUGAGGUAUUGUGGUGGUCACAAUGUCAAAAAAGCAUUCAAUGGGGAAAUACAAAGUCCUGGCUAUCCUGCAUUUUAUCCUAGAAAUGUUACAUGUAACUGGUUGCUACGUGUAAAACCUGGCAAGAAAAUUUAUUUACGUGUAGGAUACUUGCAUUUGUCUCCAACUAUGGCUGAAUGCGAAAGGGCAUCAUUGUAUAUAAUUGAUGGUUACCGUCAUGAUUCGACGGAAAUUACAAGAAAAGAAGACGGAAGUCAAGUGAAGUUCUGCGGUAGUCAGUUGUAUUAUACAGAAGAAGGCAUGAAAUCGUACCUGUCUACUGGAAAUCGUCUUAUCGUUAGAUUCGUUACUAAGGAUCAUCCAAGUCCAUCAAUGUUAGAGGAAGGUAAACCAGUUGGUUUUCGUCUUGUAUGGACUGAAGUUGAAAGAAUUUUUCCCGAAGAAGACACUUGCAGGGUAAUAAAAAUAUCAUCUCGCGGCUUUGCCUGCAAAGGUGGCGAAUUAUGCAUCGAUGAUGGGCAAAAUGUUUGUGCGAGACGAACCCAAUUAUGCAUCGAUAAGUCUCUAACUUGUAAUGGUAUAAAUAACUGCGCUGAGAAUGAUAAUACUGAUGAAGAGGACUGUUAUUAUCAACAUAUCAUCGCGUCAGCGUGUUCAGUAAUUCUGCUUCUAAUAUUGCUAAUCAUAUCUGUGAUUCUGUGGCAACGCAGAAGAAUUAGGCGACGUAUCAAUGAACGAAGACGAGAAAGACUCGAGGUCGUAGCUCGAGCACCAGCUUCACUUAAUGAUAGUAACGGCAAGAAUGCUAUCAUUUGGGAAUCAACAAGGUGUUCCUCAAUAAAUUUCGACUCAUUAUCUGAUAUUCACCAUCACCACCUCCACUACCAUCAACAACGACAUAGUCAACAUGAACAUCAUCAAAAACAUAUUGCUCUUUCUCAAAUGAAUACUUCCCAUUCUGCUCUAUUGUAA